AAAACCAGUAAUUUAUUAUAUUAUGACCAGUUCUCAAACAUGACUACUACAUGAGGAAUAAUAUAAAAACCUAACAAAGUAUUCGGUCUAAUCAUUCGUUAAUCGUUGAAUAACACUAAACGGUUUCGAAUCUUUCUGCUUCAACACAAGUAAGUCAUAUCAUCACAUUAGGUUUAAUGGAUUCCUGUUAUUCCAGGCCCAUCGAUCCACACAGGGCCUGCGUGGUCGUUUUUCUUUGUCCCAUUCUUCGAAGGCUACGAAUUCGCUAUUUCUGAGGACUCUUGUUCAAUCCCUGUCUCUCUUUUGUCUUGAGUCUGGGCGUUAACAGUAUUUUCAUUGUUUCUGACCAAAUGUUUGAAAAAUCGUAGGUACUCUAAGUUGUUUUGGGAUUUAUAGUAAUUUACUUUAGCCCAUCUGAUAUUAAGUAUGAGUAAAAUGUAAAUUCAUUGUAUCAACCCGAUAGUGUCCCGAAGAUUCCUUGUUUUCCUACCAGAAGCUCCUUGAAUAAUUAAACUCAAAUUAUUUUGUGUUACAGGGAAAAACAUGGCGUUACGAUUCAUAGUUCUCCUGUUGCCGGCGCUGGCCGUCGCCAGAAUACACGUCGAGUUGUCCGGCGAAUUCGACGCACAGGACCCUAACAUGCAGGUCUACCUGUCAGGCGAGGAUGUCGGCAUCAUCACCGACACCGAACGAGAGACUUUCAACGUGAGAGACGGAAGCCUGAAAGACGCCGUGCGCUCAUACUUCGGCAAACGUCCUGAUGACGCUUACCUCCGCAGCCCUACACCCUGGAGCGACCUUUACCAACGCUACGGAUGGCAACAAGUCACCAGGACCUUAAUCCCCAAGAAAGCCACUAUCCUGGGCGUUGUCUCCCAACCAACUGUCGUCAUGCAACAAGUCUUCGAGAACAACAGCUCCAAACCUGCGACAUUCAACGUGGGCAUCUCACAAGAAGUUGCUAACACUGUUUCCUCGUCGUGGAGCAAGGGGCGCAGCUUGUCCAUCGGUCAAGAGAUCAGCUACAAAGUCGACCUCAAAGUAGCCAAAGUUGGUGGUACCUCGACAAUAGACUACACUCACUCCUGGGGUAGGAACACCGAGAAGUCGGAAACCGUUACCGUCGGAGCUUCCUCGGCUAUGGACAUCCUUCUGGAGUCAGGACAGUCGGUGAUCGCUCAACUGCACGCAACCAAAGGCACCAUAAAGAUAGAAGUGGAGUACGAAGCCAGUUUGUCCGGAGACACGGCCAUCAACUACUCCAAACCUUACAAAGGGCAUCAUUUCUGGUCGUUGGACAUUGAAGGAGUCAUGAACAGUGGUGGCAUCAGCAACAGCCUGGUCUCCAGGGAAACCAUUGAGAUCGGUUUCUACUCCCAGGCGAAGAUCACGGUUCAGGACAGGAAUUACGGCACUCAAAUGAUGAUGGUUAAAUUUUAA